AUGGACCCAAGUGUUGUACCCUACCAUCAACAGCAGCAGCAGCAGCAGCACAAAUCUGAAACUGACCAUGACCAGGAUAAUAUUGACAUGGUACUCCAAACCAAACCAAUCACCACCAUGAACUCGAACUCCAAAACAACUAAAGAUCCUUACAACAUUAACAUUGUCAAGUACAAAGAGUGCAUGAGAAACCAUGCUGCUUCUAUUGGUGGCCAUGCCAAUGACGGUUGUGGAGAGUUCAUGCCACGUGGUGAUGAAGGCACCCGUGAUUGGCUCACUUGUGCUGCCUGUGGUUGCCACCGCAACUUCCAUAGAAGACAAGGUAGUACCAAAAGACAGCACCAGCAACAACUCCUCCUAUCUCCACCACCACAAACACAACAGUUUCUCUUGUACGGUGCGCCCACUGAUAUAAACAUGAACCGGCCAGUUCAUGAUUUCGUUUCACGUCCUCAUGAGGAUGAAUAUGAUGAUGAUGAUGAUGACGACCUUGAUCAUGAUCGACGCUCAGAGACUCCUGAGAGAGGUGAAGGGAAAGGGUUUAUGGUGAAGAAUGCUGGCAGCAAUAAUAAGAGGUUUAGGACAAAGUUCACGCAGGAGCAAAAGGAGAGAAUGCUGGAGUUUGCUGAAAAGAUAGGGUGGAGAAUACAGAAACAUGAUGAUAUGGCUCUUAAUCAGUUUUGCAAUGAAGUUGGUGUCAAAAGAAAUGUUCUUAAGGUUUGGAUGCAUAAUAACAAGAAUGCCCACCGCCGUAGAGAUGGUGCUCCCCCGGUGUCUUCCGAGGCCCCUCCUCCUCCUCCGCCCGUUGGAGUCUAG